AUGACGGUCAGACGCUUCAACUCUCUGCUGCUGCUCGCUCUGCUCACAGUCAGUGGAUCCAGCAGCACGAAGGUUGUUGGUCAAGCAGGUGAGGACGUCACUCUGCCCUGUAAAUAUAACAUCAAGUAUAACGGACCAACAGCAGUCUGUUGGGGUCGAUCACUAUCAACUUUUGGCUGCAACAACCAGAUCAUUUCCACAGACGGAUCUAAAGUGAUAGAAACAACCAGAGCUUCCAGCAGGUAUCAGUUACUGGGACGACUGGAGGAUGGAGAUGUUUCUCUGACGAUCCUGAAGACCACAGAGGAAGAUGCUGGACGGUACGGAUGCAGAGUGGACAUAUCUGGGCCGUUCAAUGAUCAAUUACAUCACAUCGAUCUGACCAUUGAGAAAGCUCCGUCGACCUCGUCAACACCAACCACAGAAACGACUGAACAGACUCCACAGACAGAACAGACGAUAAACACAUCAGGUCAGGUCACUGCUACAACUUCCUCAACCAGCAUCGACUCUGAGCAGCAGGAGGCAGGCGGUGGCGUUCUCGUGUUCAUGGUGCGUGUUCUGCUCGCGGUGAUCGCUUUGGCCACAGCCGGCGUCGCCACCGUUAUCGGGAGAAGAUGGAACCAACAUAAAAUCCCUCAGCAGCAGUCGGUCCAGUUGGUCCAGUUUAGCUCCAAUUCGUCGGCUAUGGAGCUCCAGGUUGUGCAGAUCGAUGCUGGUGGUAACAGCGACUGCGUGUACGAGGUCAGACUCUGA